UUCNUGGAGUCCUUGAAAGCUUUUGAAUGGCUCUCUCUCCACCAUUCCUCUUCUUCAGAUGAGUCCCCAGUAUCAGUUGUGAGAGUUCCUCAAGUAUAUGCUCCAAAAUCACCAGCUCCUGGCUUUUUUUCACCCAAAGAUACAAAGGAAAAGAAGGCAGUUGUUGAGGAGAACUGGAAGAGUGUUAGGCCAGCAUCAGCCCCACGGCCACGUGCUGUCUUGUCAAGUCCCGAUAAUGACGGGCUCAUCGGUAGCAAAACACUGGCAAGAGGAAAGCAAUUUUCCGGUCUGAAAAAUCGGCCUGCGAGCCAAAACAGACACAACCAGUGUAAGAUUUUUCCAAAAUCUUCAAAUUUUGAAGGCUUUACAUUCACCGCACAAGGAUAUCACAAAGAAUCAGCUGAGCUCAACAACAGUCUUCGUGCGAAAGGCAGAACAGCAGUAUAUCGGAAAAAGAUAACCGCUCAAUCACCAUAAUCGAUGUUCGGGGAAAAAACGAAUGGACUGAAUGAAUAUGUGUUAUAGACCAUUUUCUGUUCUUCUUGUUGGAGGGAAUUUGGUAAAGGAAAAUGCACUUGCUUGAACUAGUAUUUUUGGAUGACUGGAUAAACAGAUAUUAGCUUUUGUGUGAGCCGUGAGGUGUGUGAAUUCAGUCUUGUUUCAAUGUAAUGUAAGUGAAAAAAAGAUCUAAUUGGAAGAAAAAAAGAAAUUAAAGAAAAAAGAAGGAAAAAAGAACAAGCAGUUUGACUGAUCUAGCUACAUUUCUUUCCAUAAAAUGGAUUCUUCAAAAUUUAAUUUUUAUUUAUUAGUUUCGAUGGCCUAAUUUCAAGUAGCUUUAAUGGAUGGAAUUCUUAUAUA